UUUCCUUGUGCAGGGUUGAAUUUCUUGUCCUGGAUGAAUCUGAUAAGCUCUUUGAACUUGGGUUAUUAAAACAGAUUGAUUCUGUUGUCAAAGCUUGCUCUAAUCCUUCAAUUGUGCGUGCAUUAUUUAAUGCUACUUUACCUGAUUUUGUUGAGGAGUUAGCACGUACAAUAAUGCAUGAUGCUGUCCGAGUUAUUGUUGGGAGAAAGAAUACUGCUUCUGAAUCAAUCAAGCAAAAAUUAGUUUUUGCUGGAAGCGAAGAAGGGAAACUUCUUGCCCUUCGUCAAAUAUUUACUGAGAGCCUGAAUCCACCAGUAUUGAUCUUUCUGCAAAGUAAGGAGCGAGCAAAGGAACUCUAUGAUGAAUUAAAAUUUGACAGCAUUAGAGUUGAUGUCAUCCAUUCUGAUUUGUCUCAAGCCGAGCGUGAAAAAGCAGUUGAUAGCUUCAGAGCAGGCCAAACAUGGGUUUUGAUAGCCACAGAUGUUAUAGCCCGGGGUAUGGACUUCAAAGGUGUUAACGUUGUGAUCAAUUAUGAUUUUCCGGAUUCUGCUGCUGCAUACAUUCAUAGGAUCGGUCGGUCUGGCAGAGCAGGAAGGAGUGGACAGGCUAUCACCUUUUACACAGAAGAUGAUGUACCUUAUUUGCGUAACGUAGCUAAUGUGAUGGCAGCAUCAGGCUGUGAGGUUCCUUCCUGGAUCAUUUCCUUACCCAAACGGAAGUGGCAGAAGCAUCAGCCGCAACGGGAGUCCAUCUCAACUAAACCAAAAGAAGAAAAAAAAAAGAGGCUAUCACUGGCCCCAGUCCCCAAAUUUUGAUGCCAUAGAUCUUUUUACAGAAUUAGCUCGUGAAAAUGCACCCAUUUUGUGUGAUUGCAAGCGGAAAGGUGGGGUCUUGUAUUAAUGCAUUUUGUGAAUUAAUGUGAGCAAAGGGUCAUUUUCUUUUUUAAUCUUUUGGACGGAUAGGUGCUAUGCUUGGCUGAACAGUUGUUAAAUUAGUUUAUUGCUGGUUGCCUGCCAUUCUGCUUGGUCUGUGGAACAUAUUCAUUAUUGAUUUGGCCAUUCAACAAGGUUGCAUGUCCAUUCUUUAGUAACACAGACUCUGGUUUUCAUGAA